AUAUUCUUAAAAUAGUUUAUAGUUAUUAGAAUAUUUAGUCUAUAAUAGCUUAGACAGUAGACACUAUCGCUAUGAUAGUAUGAAUGCACGGUACGAAUUGCUUUCUAAUUCCCACGAUUUUGAUUGUGUCAUGUACUCGCACAUCUAAGCUCGUGUAUGAAAUUAUUUGUUAAUCUUAUUCAGUGUAGAAUUAAAUAUUUAAAUACUGCUAUUAUUUAAUACACAAUAAAUGAUGGAAAAAAAAAUUGAAAAGCUUCGUUCAAAAAAAUGAUCAAUUUCAAAGCUGUUACUAAUGAUCCAAAACAAAAAAAAAUUACAUUUGGAUCGGAUCGGUCUAACAAAGUACCUAUCGAUGAUUGUGUAACACAACAAAAACAACAAAGUUGCUCAGUUGAAACUGAAGAAAACAAUCCUUUGAUGUAUUCAACUGCUAAAGAACAAAUUGAGCAAAAUAACGAAGAAUUUUUUCUAAACUGGGAUAUAAAUGAUAAAAUGGAAUCAGAAGUUAAAAAUCAUCUUGAAGCAUUUAUGCUAAUGUCUAUAGAAAAAGGUAUAUUAGACGCUAUUGAUUUCAAAGAAAUACUAAAAAUAGUAAAAAAUUCUUCAUCAUUGAUGAACCAGAUGUUAUCAUUGUAA